GAGGAAAAAAAAAAGAGAAUGUUGAAAUCCGGUUUCAAUGAAUACGAGUACCAACUGCACUAAUUACAAGAGCAAGAAUGUUCUCAAAGUGGUGGAAUUGAAUGAAACAAUGGCGUAAGUAACCAGUAGUAAGUCUGAGUGUGUGAGUUGCAAAGAGUGUCGUCGAUUUGAUGAGUUAUUCUGAUCGAGAAGAAAUGUCGAACCGUGACCCGGACAAUCUGAUAUCCACGAAUGAUGAAACUUUCGAUUAUCUGUUCAAGAUUGUACUCAUCGGCGAUUGCGGAACGGGCAAGACGUGCGUCGUUCAAAGAUUUCGAUCUGGCACAUUUAUCGAAAGGCAUGGAAACACAAUUGGCGUGGACUUUUCCAUGAAAACAGUACUGAUCGACGACAAGAAGGUUAAGUUGCAAAUAUGGGAUACAGCUGGCCAAGAAAGAUUUCGCACGAUAACUCAAAGUUACUAUAGAUCUGCUAACGGUGUUGUUGUUGUUUAUGACAUUACAAAAAAAUCCACAUUCUUGAGCUUACAACAUUGGGUCGAGGAAGUACGAAGGUAUACUUCAUCACAUGUGUUAUUAAUUUUAGUGGAAAGUCUGCGAGAAGUUGAAAAAGGAGAAGCAGAAGCUCUUUGUCAGUAUCUUCCCGAGGUGUUGCAAGUAGUAGAAACGUCAGCCAAAGAAAAUACCAAUAUAGAUUCUGUAUUUUUUUAUUUGGCAUCUGAACUUAAAAGAAGACACGAAAAUCGCCAAAUAAAUGCCAAUGGAGAUGAAGUUGUUAGACUUGGUGCAAGUAGAAAAUUGUCUUCCUGUUCAAGUUGUUCAUACAAAAUAUUUUAGGUAGUACUUUUUGAACAAAUGAGAGGGUAUACAUACUCUUUCUAAGUUAAAAUUUGUAUAUAAAGUGGAAAAGUAAUAUAUAUUUUUAUAAUGAUCCAAAUGUGAUAUUAAAAAAGUGAGUUAGUACAUCAUAACGACAGAAGAACUCACUAUAGAUUCAAUUAAUCUGAAUUUGCAACUACAAUUUUGCUAGAGACUUAAGAUUGAGUAUUUUAAAUGUAUAGAUUUGUAAAUACGAACGUUUUAUACUUUAUAAUACUCUAUCGCAAUUACAUAGUUCAAUCAUAUAUAAAUGUAACAGAAGUAAAUGCUCGUAUUUAUUUUUAAUGAAUCUCAAAAGGA